UAAUUUUUUUAUUUUCUAACCAUUUAUUUUUAUAAUUAUUUAAAAUUAAAUUAUCAAGUUGAGGAUAAAUAAAAUGGAUGCUAGAUGUGAUCCAAGUGAAAAUUUAGAUAUUAAAUCAGUUAAAUCAUUGAAAGUAAGAGAUCACAAAAAUCUCAGCGAUGCUGAAAGAAUUGAAAAAUUAGAAAAAGAGGUCACUACUCUUCGCAAUGAUUUCGACAGAGUAAAAUGGGAACAAGCAGUCACUGAGACAGCCAUUGGACGUGCUAUAAUACGUGGAUCAGCAUCAUUGAAUGAAGCUUAUGGAUUAGUAGGAAAACCACCAAAACGUAAUCAACAGAUCGAAAAUAUUUCAGCACAAAAAAUGCCAAUGGUUACCGGUUCUGACAAAAAAACCAAAGACAGUAAUAAAAAAGUCAAAGACGAGUGUGGUGGAUUUACUCUUGGAUAAUUAAAAAAUUUAUAACAAAAAAAAAAAAAUCACUAAUUAAAAAUUCAUAAGAAUAAAGCAUAAAAAAUAUAAUACAUAUCGUUAAAAUACUUCAGGUAACACCAAUUAGUAACACGAAAUGUAAUUUAAUAAAAUUCAAUCAAUUAAAA